AUGGCCACAAUUGCUGAGAAAUAUACUCCCCUAGAGGUUAUCGGGAAGGGCUCCUUCGGUACCGUGCGUAAAGUACGGCUGAAGGAGACUGGAGAGGUGCUUGUUCGAAAGGAGAUUGAGUAUACGUCUAUGAGCAUACAAGAGAGAAAUAAUAUCAUUUCAGAACUACGCAUCCUCCGUGAGCUAAACCAUCCCAAUGUUGUCAAAUAUUAUCUUCAUGACCAUUUGCCUGAGGAAAAGGUCAUUCAUAUCUACCAGGAGUACUGUGAUGGAGGAGACUUGGGCAAGGUGAUAUCUACUUUUAAGAAGAACGGAGACACUGUUCCUGAAGGUUUCGUAUGGGAAGUGAUGACACUGACCCUUCUUGCGCUACAUCGUUGUCAUUAUGGGAUUGAGGCGAAGAAGGUUGAUCUAUUUCGUGGAUCCGAACAGACAUCUGAACCGCAUGUUGAUUCAGAGACUGUCAUCAUUCACAGGGACAUCAAACCUGAUAAUAUACUUAUGCUUAAUUCAGGCAAAACUAUCAAGCUUGGAGACUUUGGCCUCGCCAAAAUGCUUACUUCCCAGAACGAUUUUGCAAAGACCUACGUGGGAACUCCCUACUAUAUGUCGCCAGAAGUUUUGAUGGAUAAUCCAUAUUCACCCGUUUGCGAUAUCUGGUCUCUAGGCUGUGUCCUUUACGAACUUUGCAACUUGCAUCCACCAUUUAGGGCGUCAACACAUCUUCAAUUGCAGGCCAAAAUCAAAAAAGGUGUAAUCCCAGAGUUGUCCGCCCAAUACUCUCAACAGCUUCGCAAGAUAAUUAACGAUUGUAUAACUGUCGACCCAGAAAUGCGGCCAACAUGCUAUGACUUGUUAGAGACUUUGUCUGUGAAGAUGUUCAGGAAAGAAAUGGAGUUGAAGACUGCAAGUACUACAUUAAAUGAGUUUCAGAAACAGCUUCUUAUCAAACACGAGGAACUCAAGAAGACUGAGGCUUCUGUAAAGGCAAUGGAAGAGAAGGUCAACAAGGAUAAAGAGGAGCUCGAGGCGAAAUUCAGAAGCUUCGAAAGGCUUGCACAGGUUCGUAAGAACGAGCUUCAAGACGACUACUCUAAAUUGCAGAAGAAAUGCGACUUGCAGAAGCGUCACUUUGAGGAGGAGCUAACGUUGGAGUUCGAGUCUCGCAAGAAAGCCAUGGACUUGGAAGCGAAAGAAAUGAGACUCAACUACCAGCGUGAGUUCAAGCAUGUUGUUGAACAUGAAGUACAGCAACGGCUAUCAGAGAUAUUACAAAGAAGAAAAAGUCUGGAUCCCGAGCAGCCACAACAGCUCCAAAGAAAAAAGAGUGACUCUUCGUCCUCUUCAUUUGAGCGCAAAGCCAAACCUAGGGGACCUCGCGAACUUCUUGAGGAAUACCCUCUGGCUCAUCUCCAUCCACAGCAUCAACAGCAUCAAUAUUAUCAUGGAACCCCUCCUCCAGGUUCCCCAAAGCGCUCUCCAUUAAAAACUAAGAAUGUGGAAUGGGACUCUGACAUGCAUGCGAAGAUUUCUCCCUCCAGACCUCAGCAAGCACCACUGAACUAUAAGAAGCGUGUUACAGAUGAGUUUGAGAGGCUAACUCUUCAAAAAAGGCAUGUCCCAGAAUUCGAGGAACAAUACUUACGACAAAAUUACCGGCAUUAA